UCAGACGGAUUACCGCGGCGGGCUGGCUGAAAGACGAAUCACACCGUCGCCGUCGCUCGGUUUUUCCAGCAGCUGUGGCGGCGUGAGGGAGCCGUGAUGGCAUGUGUGGCACGGACGUUAACGGACAGCGUUCAACUUUACACUUGAGGACAACAAACCAGGCUGAGUCCCGAGAUUAUGUCCGGAGCUUGUCUUGCUGCUGUGGAGAAAAGUUUCCCAGGAGUAGGCAUACAUUCACACCAGCGGCGGUAACAUGGCAGAGCGCAGCUCUUGCGAUGUCCUCAGCAUCCCGGUGCCCAUUCGUCGCGGCGGCUCGGAGUCCAACCUGGACGUGGUGGACAGUGUCGGCGAUGACGGAGUGGGCCUGGAUUUCACCAAGGGAGCGCUGGGUAUUGACAGCCUGCAGCAGAAGAUCCUCAAGGUGACGGAGCAGAUUAAGGUGGAGCAGACGGCUCGGGACCAGAACGUCGCCGAGUACUUGAAGCUUGUGAACAAUGCCGACAAGCAGCAGGUGUCACGAAUACGUCAGGUCUUUGAAAAGAAGAACCAGAAGUCGGCGCACUCCAUCGCCCGGCUGCAGAGGAAGCUGGAGCAGUACCACCGCCGCGUGAAGGACGGCGAGACCAACGGCAAACACAGCCACAAGGACGGCAGCAGCAAGGAGUCCGGGACACACAGUAAGGAGGGCAGCCUGCGGGACGUCAGCGCCACCGGACGGCACCCGGCGCUGGAUAAAGUGAAGACAAUCGGGCCCGGGGUGUCGCUCUCACCGCCGUUCUUCUUCAACAAGUCGCGGGAGUUUGCCAACCUCAUUAGGAACAAGUUCGGUAGCGCUGACAACAUCGCCCACCUCAAGAACUCCAUGGAGUCGGGGUCGGGGCUGCAGGUGGACGCUGGGGCAAGGGGUCUGAGCGGGAGUGCCACCACGGUAGCGAAGACGAGUAAGUACCACAGUGAUGACGAGUGCUCCACGGGGACGUCCGCGUCCGCUGACUCAAACGGGAACCCGGCAGGGGGCUCCGGGGCUGGAUCUGGAGGUGCGGGGAGGUCGGACUCCAACGGGCGGCUGGGGGAGGUGCUGGACAUGGUGCGGGAGAUCAGGGAGGCUCAGGCACAGCUGGCAGAGGACAUGGAGACUCUGAAUACACAGUUCAAACGAGAUUACAGCUACUUCACACAGAUGAUGCAGGAGGAGAGAUACAGGUAUGAGCGGUUGGAGGACCAGUUAAACGACUUGACGGAGCUCCACAUGCAUGAGACCAAUAAUCUGAAGCAGGAACUGGCCAGUAUCGAGGAGAAGGUGGCAUACCAGGCCUAUGAGAGGGCCAGAGACAUUCAGGAGGUCCUGGAGUCGUGCCAGACUCGUGUGUCUAAGCUGGAGCUCCACCAGCAGCAGCAGCAGACAGUUCAGCUGGAAAACACCGAUGCAAAGGUGCUGCUGGGGAAGUGCAUCAACAUCAUGCUCGCUAUCGUCACCGUGAUCCUCGUGUGCGUUUCCACGGCGGCCAAGUUCACCGCCCCGCUGCUGCGUAGCCGCCUCCACCUGGCGCUUACCUGCGUGGGCGUGUCCGUGUUGGCGCUGCUGUGGAAGAACUGGGAACAUCUACCGUGCGCGUUGGAACGAUUGCUCCUCCCGCACUGAUGCACAAGAGCACAAGUGAGACCAGAAAACGUACGCCGACCCUGGAGUCAAGUUCUCUGCGAGGUGUGUUGUCAUGGCAACGCAGAAAACACUGGGGAGGGAGUUUACAUGUAGCCUUACACCAGCCCCAGUUCCCCAGAGAUUUUGGGCCCCGCCGUGAUUUAUGGCUGUGCUUUGCAUGUCUAAAUGGGUCCACACAAAUACACAGCCUUUCCCAGAAUGCACCUCUACUGUAAUUCCAACACACAGAUGUAAGCUGAUAUAAAUAUAACUGUGACAAAGGCUGCAGGUGCAAACACACACACUUUGCACACACUGACAUUAAAGUGCAUCACUACAGUCCAAAGUAUCAGACCACUAAAAGAUCAAUCAGCUGGAAGUGAUCAGCCGCAUUAUUGGCUUUGUGACUCGUCACCUGCUCUCAUGUGGUCGUCAGAAGAUUCUGGAUCGCACCAACAACACGCGCUAAAAUCUAAAUAUAGAGAAUAUCAUUGGUGCAUGGAAAUACAGCGAUUAUUUCCUGCCCUUAAAGGGAAGCGUAUCUGUGAUAGCACCACCUCACACCUCUAAACAAACACUCGCUGGCGGUUUGUGUCCAGUCGAGCAGCGUUGAGCCCGCACACAGUACGCCUCCUUGUACACCAGCCAGCUGUGACAACACAAAGACACAUCCACCUGAAGGGUGAUUUGUACUGCGUGUACUCAACUCUUCUGUAUUUAUGUGACGUUUCUUUCUUUCUUUCUUGUCAGUGUCUCAUUAAAAAGGACAUUUUUAA